AUGUCGUUUCCUGAAGAGCUAAAACAUCUACGUCCUAUAGCGACGCGUGCCGAUGAGCUAGAACAGAUCGAGCCUGCUAUUGCGUACUGGUCACGCUACUAUAUUGUCCAAAAAGCUGUUGCUCAAAAAGUUCGCAGUGCAGCAGUGGAUGGCUACCUCUCUUCUCUACUAGAUGGCCUAGAAUCUAUGCGAAAGAAGCACAAGGGUCUCACUGAGAUUGAAGACGAUGCAGCAGGAAAGUCAAAAGUCACUUCAUUUGCCCUCAAAGUGUUUGACAAUGCUAAUCGUGAGGAGAAAGCUGCUCGAGCAACACAAUCUACGGCAGCCAAAUUCCUUGCUGCAGCGGGUUUCCUUGAGCUGUGCAGUUGUUUCGGUGCUGUGGAGAAGGAGUUGGCUGAUAAGCGCAAGUAUGCAAAGGUCCAAGCAAUGCGUAUUCAAUCUGCUUUUGCAGCUGGGAAGGAUCCGAAUCAGAAGAGACGUGAUGCGUUGCCUGUUGAAGCGGCUGCACCGACCACAAUGCGUGAUCUAUCAGCCACCAAUCCCUACUUUCCCUCCGUUGAAGACGACAAAGAGAUUGCGCCUGCGAGCACUUCGCCUGAGUCCUAUGGUGCAUCCAUUCUUCGGCCCUCUUCGCCACCGCCAACCAAGCAACUGAACGUACCUGCCAAUAUACCUGUCGUGAAUAUGCCUCCAGCACCUGCACUCAUCGAGCCGGUUCAAGAAGUAUCACAGGAUGAUAUCGAUGCAGCCAUCAAACACACAAAAUGGGCAGUCAGCGCUUUGAAUUUCGAGGAUAUCGAGACUGGUAUCGCUGAGCUGAAAAAGGCAUUGGCUUCUCUUGGAGCUUGA